AUGGGAUUUAAUGUAAGCGAAAAACCGUUACUUUUGCGCAUUAAAGGAAAAUUAUAUGAUGUGGCACUAUUUGCGAAUAAACAUCCUGGUGGACGAAAAGUGCUGGAUCGAUUAGCUGGCGAAGGCGUUGAUGAAUAUAUGGUUGGGAUUAAACGUAUUUUGGGUGUUAAGCAUGAACAUUCUGAUGCUGCAUAUGGUUUAUUGGAGCGAUAUUCGAUAGAUAAAUGUCAUGCGAUUACAGACGUUGAUGAAAUGCUUACGGGUAAACCUAUGUUAUCGAAAGUUGGUACUUUAGGUGAUCGUUAUUGGACUUGGAUUCAUCAACCAUAUGAUGGAGUUCUUCGUCUUUUUGAAUCAGAUUUGUUAGAAAUUUUUACAAGAACAUAUUGGUGGGUGAUUCCAAUUUUUUGGAUGCCGCUCGUAAUAUUUUUUACUAUAAAGGCUUAUGCAGUUCUGUUUCCAAAGUAUGGCAUAUUUUAUGGACUGCUUUUUUGGAUGUUUUUUUUUGGAUUAGGUAUUUUAUUAUGGACACUACUGGAAUAUAUUCUACAUCGCUUUGCAUUUCACUGGCAGCCUGAUCCAAAAUCGCCAAAUCAAAUCAUCUUUCAUUUCUUGUUACAUGGUCUUCAUCAUAAGACACCAAUGGAUGGACAACGUCUCGUUUUUCCUCCUCUUCCUGCCAUUCCAAUUGUUACCUGCUUUUACUUUUUUUAUGUCUCGUUUUUGCCCUACCCCAUUUUUAACUGUUUUGUUGGUGGGAAAUUGUUUGGCUAUGUAAUUUAUGAUCUUACUCAUUAUUAUCUUCAUCAUGGUAGUCCGGCACCAAAAAGUAAUCUGCAUUAUCUUAAAGUAUACCAUUACAAUCAUCAUUUCAAAGAUUUUAAUCUUGCUUUCGGCAUAUCCACUCUUUUAUGGGACCACAUAUUCGGUACAGUUGGAAUGGGUCCUCUUUGA